GAGAGAGCGAGAGAGAGAUUUGACACUCAGAGUUUACUAACUGUUAACCGAUAAGAGCAAUGGGGCGACAUCUUUUAUUUCUCCUUGUUUUGGUCCUCUGUCUGAGUGUUACACUUCAAAAGAAAGGGAAAAAGAAGAAUAAAGGGCACAGGAAGAAUGAGAUUUCUGUCGUCGAGCCCAGAACUUUUAAAGGCAAGCCGGACCAUCAGGGCAUAUUUAUUGUCGUCCUAAACGGGACUCAGGCUCCCGUCUCAUCUCACUCCCCUCCAGCACUGCGGUCUCUAAGCAACAGCACAAAGGAGUACCUCCUUGGCGCUCUGAGCACGCGGAUCAUCCCCGUCGUUUACGUUCUAGUCGUCACUGUCGGGGUCCCGGCCAAUGUCGGCAUCUUGUGCAUGCUCGCCACCAAAAUCAGAAAAGUGUCGUCGGCCAUCCUCUACAGCAGCCUGGCGGUCUCAGACCUCUUCCUCCUCCUCUCCCUAUUCUUCAAGGCUCACUACCAUCUCCAUGGAAACCACUGGGUGCUCGGGGAGGCCGCCUGUCGAAUGGUCACGGCCUGUUUCUAUGGCAACCUGUACUGCUCGGCCCAGACGCUGGCCUGCAUCAGCGUCAAGCGCUACCUGGCCGUGGUGCACCCGUUCAUGUACAAAAGACUCCCCAAGAGGAUGUACACGGCGUGUGUCAGCCUCGCCGUGUGGGGGGUGUUUGGCGCCGCGGUUGUCCCUGAACUCCUCGUGCAGCAAAGCUAUUGGCUCCCCGAGGUGGGCCGCAAAACCUGCCACGAUGUCCUACCUCUGGACUACGACUCCCAUGUCUACCUGCUUUACUACAACCUGUGUUUAACCUUUUUUGGCCUCCUGGUUCCUCUCGUGGUGACGGUCAUUUGCUUCGCCCGGAUAAUCUGCGAGCUGCAGCGAUCGCACAACGAUUGGGCGACGUACAUCAAGGCCAGCUCUCUGGUGUUUGGCAUCUUCCUGCUGUGUUUCACCCCCGCUGGAGUGCUGCACUUCCUCCACUACGUGCGGCUAUUUGCGGAUGGAACGGAAAGUUUGUACGUCUAUUUUCAAGCAGCGGUGUGUCUGUGCUGCGUCCACGCCUGCCUUGACCCCUUCCUCUUUCUGCUCAUGUCCAAGUCUGCAGGAUCCAGCCUCUACUUCAGGCCUUUUAAAGGCAAAACGUUGAGCAUUUCUUUGUGAGAAAGGCCUAUAACUGCGACCAAAAAAACUGGCUUUGAUUUAGAGUUUGCAGCAGAUGAAGAGGGGGGGGGGGGGGGUUCUCUUUGGCUGGAAUCCAAAAGAGAAAGCAAAAAGACCUUUUAAGUAUUUAUGAAAAACAAGCAAUAUGCAGACAUCUUGCUGAAGUGAGCGUGAAUCUGUGACAGAGAGAGGGAGUCCUACGAUGGUUAUCGCGAUGCAAUGUAAAUACUUGUACAUAAAUAUUGAAGAUACUGAUUUAUAAUAAUGAGAAGUCUUCCUGGUGAAGCAUUUGUGUUUGACAUGUAUAGCUGACAGUGAGUAAACUAUGCCUUUCUGUAUUCCUCUUAUUACAUGUUAAGCUGGGAUGUCUGCUGAUUAAAAAAUACUCCAAA